UGUCAUAUUACCUGGGAGAAGUGUUUGUGAUACAAGAAUUGAGAAGAAACAUUUUUUGAUGACUUUCCGACUCAAACGAAUGAUUCGUCACGUCGUUGACUCGGUGGAAGAUGAACUGUAGACUCGGUAAAUCAACAACAUGGCGUUUACAGUUUUAAAGCGACUUGAACUGUAAUGGCAAAGUCACGAAAGAAUUAUUCAUCACUCAAACUAUAAAAUUAAAACCACAUACAAAGAAGAAUAAUCAUCUGUAUAAAUAAUCAACAUGGAAACUAAUGAUGUUAAAACAUUUCAUCAGUGUGUUGUAUGUGAUGAGAUUUUCCAACAACAUGAUGAUUUAGAAAAACACAAUAAAAUACAUGUUAAAGAAGAGAAAACUGAUGAUGUAGAUGAAUAUGGUCAUGUUAAAAAAGAGAAAACUGAUGAUGUAGAUGAAUAUUGUGAUGUUCAUUUUAAAGAAGAGAAAACUGAUGAUGUAGAUGAAUAUUGUCAUGUUAAAGAAGAGAAAACUGACGAUGUUGAUCGAUAUUGUCAUGUUAAAGAAGAGAAAACAGAUGAUGUAGAUGAAUAUUGUCAUGUUAAAGAAGAGAAAACUGAAGAUAUUGAAACAGUUCAUCAGUGUAAAUUAUGUGAUGAAGAAUUUAAAUCUGACACUGAUUUAGAGAAACAUUGUAAAAUACAUGUUGAAGAAGAGUUGAAAGCUGAUAAUGAUAGUGAUGUAGCUGACUGUAUGGUUAAUGAUGUAGCCCUACAAUUAGCCAACAGGCAUUCUGAAGCAAAAGCUAAUAAAUGUGAUGUUUGUUGUAAAUCAUUUACAAAGGGGUGUAAUCUACAGAGACACAAAAUAAUUCAUACAGGAAAAAGACCAUAUGAAUGUGAUGUUUGUGGUAAGUCAUUCACACUCCGUUGUAUUCUACAGAAACACAUGGUCAUUCAUACUGGUGAGAAGCGCUUCCAUUGUGGUGUUUGUAAUAAGUCAUUUAAUUAUGGUCAUCAUUUAAAGCAACAUCUUACAAUUCAUACAGGUGAAAAACCUUAUCACUGUGAUGUUUGUAGUAGAUUAUUCACACGGUCGCAAGCUCUAGAACAACACAGGAGAAUUCAUACUGGUGAAAAACCCUAUAAGUGUGAUGUUUGUAGUAAAUCAUUUAGUCAGAGUCGUACUCUACGGAAACACCUGAGAAUUCAUACAGGUGAAAAACCCUAUAACUGUGAUGUUUGUAGUAAAUCGUUCUCUCAACAUAGCAGCCUACAGAAACACAAAAGAAUUCAUACGGGUGAAAAACCUUAUAAGUGUGAUGUUUGUAGUAAAUCAUUUAGUAACAGUUGUGAUCAACAGAAACAUAUCAGAAUUCAUACUGGUGAAAAAUCCUAUAACUGUGAUGUUUGUAGUAAAUCAUUCACUCACAAGCGUAAUUUACAGAGACACAUGAGAAGUCAUACAGGUGAAAAAACUCAUAUGUGUAAUGUUUGUUUUAAAUCAUUCACAGAAAAUUUUGGUCUACAGAGACACAUGAGAAGUCAUACAGGUGAAAAACCAUAUUCAUGUGAUGUUUGUAGAAAAUCGUUCACUGAAAAUCGUAACCUUCAGAAACACAUGAGAAGUCAUACAGGUGAAAAACCGUAUACUUGUGAUGUUUGUAGUAAAUCGUUCACUGAAAAUCGUAACCUUCAGAAACACAUGAGAAGUCAUACAGGAAAAACUUUAUAAAUGUGAGGGGGGUUGGAUGGCGCACUGUAUCAUAAGGUCUGUCAUUGAGUCAACUGGCCUGGUUUCGAUUCCCCGGAUUUCAGUGACAAGGAUUUGGGUCGCCUGUCCAACCUUGUCAGUUUUCUCCGGGUACUCCAGUUUCCUCCCACUGCUAAAGACCACUACGUGCAAGCGAAUUAUUGAAAUAAAAUUGAACCAUGUGUUUGUUCUAAAAUGACCUGGUUUGUGUCGAGUGGACGUUAAACACCAUUUCUGUCUGUCUCUCUUAUAAAUGUAUUGUUUGUAGUAAAUAUAUGUCUAUACUAUUACUAAUAAACUUCCUUAGUACCAUAUAUGUACAUGUAUAAUUGUGUUACUACAUUUAUAAACAUCAUUAAUAUUCAUAAGUACCAUAUAUGCAUAAUUGUGUUACUACAUUUAUACACAUCAUUAAUAUUCAUUAAUACCUUAUAUGUAUAAUUCUUCACAUUUCAUUAGUUAGUAAUAAAAGCUAAGACGCAUCUUUAAUAUUCAUGUGUUCCAUCAAUACCUUACAUGUAAAUGUAUAAUCUUAUACACAUCAUUAAUAUUCAUUAGUUCUAUCACUACCUUAUAUGUAUAAUCUUAUAAACAUCAUUAAUAUUCAUGAAUUCCAUCAUCACUGCCUUAUAUGUAUAAUCUUAUACACAUCAUUAAUAUUCAUUAGUUCCAUCACUGCUUUAUAUGUAUAAUCUUAUACACAUCAUUAAUAUUCAUGAAUUCCAUCAUCACUGCCUUAUAUGUAUAAUCUUAUACACAUCAUUAAUAUUCGUUAGUUCCGUCAGUACUUAUAUGGAGUUGUCUUUUAUGGAACUGGACAGUUCGUUGAUUAUAAGGGUACCAAAGAGAGAUCUUGGAGGGUUGUAUCGCCCACUUUUAUAAUCAUCUCAUUCUCACAAUCUUUAUGGACGAAAAGGCUCAAAUCCAACGGGGUGAGGGUGGGGGGGGUGGAUGGCCGAAGGGUUAACGUGUGUGCGCUGUAUCAUAAGGUCUGUCAUUGAGUCAACUGGCAUGGUUUCGAUUCCCCGGUUGUACAUGAGAACGAAUCAAUAGGGUCAUCUGUCCAACCUUGUGAGAUUUUUCCGGUCCUCCAGCUUCCUCCCACUGCUAAAGACCUCAACCCGCAACCUACAAUGUAAUUAUUCAAAUAAAAUUGAACCAUAUGUAAGUCCCGAAAUAAUCUAGUUUGUGGCAAGUGGAUGUUAAACCCCAUUUUUUUUCUCUCUCUCUCUCUUUUAAAUAUGCAUUAUGAAGAGGUAAAUCUGCCUAUUGCAAGUCUUUCUUCAGGCCUAAAAUGUUAUAUAAACUAUUAAUUAGACAUUAGUUAACUUUAUUUAGUGGAUUGGAAUACAUUUUGUAAAGGACAAUUGUGAAGUUUUCAUCAUAUUCUAUUUACAUUAUCUAUUUUUUAACUAUCAUAGUGAGAACUGUUAACUCUUCAUCUAAUCUCCCAUAAUGCCAAUUAAAUCUCACUGUCGUGUGUGCUUGCCGCUUAAUGUAAAAGGAAUGAUUCUGUAAUAAAAAUACAGCCGCUAAAUAUACCCCAACAA